AUGGACACUCGGCGUGCCCUCCAGAUGGCUCGGGACGCUGAAGUGGAUCUGGUGGAGGUUGCGCCCAAUUCCGACCCGCCUGUGUGCCGACUGCUGGACUACGGCAAGCUCCUUUAUCUGUCCUCCAAGAAAGAGAAGGAGUCCAAGAAAGGUCAGAAGAGUACCGAGCAGAAGGAAGUGCGCUUCCGUCCCAAUAUCGGGAUUCACGACCUUAACGCCAAGCUCCGCAAGGUGCGGGAAUUCAUCGAUGACGGCUCCAAGGUGAAGCUCACCGUGCGCUUCCGGGGACGCGAAGCCGCGCAUCAGCAGUUGGGUCUCGCCGUUUUGCGCCGGGUGGCAGAUGAGUUGAAGGACGAGGUACGGCUGGAGCGUGCGCCUGCCAUGGAGGGGCGUUCUCUCUCAAUGGUUCUCAUACCUUCCCUCCAGAAGGGCGAAGAACAGAAAUUGCAGCGAGCCCCGUCCAACAGGAACCAGGGUGACAAACCAGGAAAUAACGACUCCGGCGACAGUCAGCCGGAACAGCUGGCAAGCGCCUACUACGGAGACCGUUCUGUGGCAAGAAUAAAGCGCGGCGUCACCAAGCGCCGUCGACACAAGAAGAUACUUGAUGCGGCCAAGGGCUUUCAGGGCUCUUCCCAUCGCAACUACAAAUGGGCCAAAGAGUCCGUUAUGCACGCUUGGUCCUACGCCUACCGGCACCGCCGGGAGCGCAAGGGCGAGUUUCGCAGCCUUUGGAUCGUGCGAAUCAGUGCUGCCUGCCGGGCCGCUGGCAUGCCAUACAACCAGUUCAUACAUGGUCUGAAGCUGGCGGAGAUAGAACUGGAUCGCAAGAUUCUGGCUGACAUGGCCGUGCGGGACCCGGAAGGAUUCUCACAGUUGAUAGAAACGGCGCGGGGCGAGCUCGCCGCAGCGACAGCGUAG